AAAAAAAAAAGUCUCGUUCGCGCACAACGCACGUCUGGCCUGCCAUGGAUCUCCUGCGGAAAAAAAAAAACGUAUCAUCGCCGAAAACAAACCGAACGCGCAUCCUAAAAGUUCCUUUUGCUGGAGCACUACUAGUUUCAACUUUUACCCUGGACAUCCGCUGGUUACAGAUACAGGAACAAACGGUCUUCCACCAAAAGAAAGGAAAACUGAAGAAGAAAGCAAACCGCCAUAAUUACCUCUUCGCCGAGCUGAUUUGCUACGUAUGUAGUAAAGCUUCCCCUCAUCUUUGUAACUUCCGUCUAAAUCCUCCAAAGAGCACGUCCAGACCCCAUACUCUAGACCCCGCCUCAGCUGUCAGCAGCGUCAAUGACGGCGUAGGUAUACUGCCAUGUCCUGUCAGUCAGUCAGUCAGAUCAAACGGUGCAGACGUCCGGCGGCGGCAGCAGAGGUUGCAGAGGGGAGCAAGCAUAACGCAGCUGAGCCAACGGCAUGCAGCAAAGAAAAAAAGGAUUGCGUCAAAGAAAAUCAAUCGAUAACGGUACCGCACUGCGGCCAUCCACGGUGGAGGAAGCCCGGCGAACAACAACGACAAGACGACCUGUUAGAAAUAUUUCGCGUCUGCCAGCUAUCCAGGGAAAUAUGCGCAGAGCAUCCAUCCUGUCCUAUCCUACCCUAUCCUACCCUACGGGUAGCCUAUCCGUCCAU